AUGUCCACUUACGAAGUCCCUGAGAAGAUUCCUCCGGCGUCUUCUCUACUGCCGCCAAAAAACAACUCACCUUCCGAGACUCGGGAGGAGAACGUCAACACUGGAUUCCCCAGGGAGACCUGCUCGUCACCUUCCAUAUCCCUUCCUCGGGCUAGACCUAGUUACCAACGGCCUACAAGUAGCUACUCGCUGCCAGAACUCUAUGAAGAAUGGAGUGCAGCGCCGACCAAACCGCCAAGCGGACUCAGACAUUACCACACCAGGAAGGUUAAGUUGGUGCAAGGAAAUGUCCUAAGCAUCGAGUACCCAGUUCCAAACACAGCCAUUACUUGCGAUGCAAAUGAUUUCACAUUGAAGGAUGGUUACGACCUUCGACCGAGGAUGUACAACCGGUAUUCUGAGCUUCUGGUCUGCAUUACUUACUAUAACGAAGACAAGGUGCUUCUUACCAGGACGAUACACGGUGUUAUGCAGAACAUCAGAGAUAUCGUAAACUUGAAGAAGUCGACCUUUUGGAAUAAGGGUGGCCCGGCCUGGCAGAAGAUUGUGGUUUGCGUUAUAAUGGAUGGCCUGGAGUGCUGCGACAGAGACGUGCUGGAUAUUUUCGCUACCAUGGGAGUUUAUCAGGAUGGGGUCAUGAUGCGCGAUGUUGACGGCUCCACGACCCAGGCGCACUUGCUCUCCGUAACACCUUCGAUGCUGCUGGUCAGGCCGCGUGAUGACAAUCCUUCCACACUACCCCCUGUACAGUUCAUGCUGUGCGUCAAAUCCGUAAAUGCAGGGAAGAUUAACUCAUAUCGAUGGCUGUACAAUUCAUUUUGUCGUAUUCUAAAUCCAGAAGUCGUCAUCAACCUCGACACUGGCACAAAACCUGAGCCAAAGUCACUUCUCGGCUUGUGGGAAGCUUUUUAUAAUGAUAAAGACUUGGGCGGCGGGUGUGGGUUGGUUCGAGGCGAGAAAGGGAAAGGAGGGCGAUAUCUGCUCAACCCCCUCGUCGCUGCACAACACUUCGAAUAUAAAGUGGCAUGCCAGCUGGAGAGAGCACUCGAAUCCAGCACGGGAUAUAUCUCUGUUCUUCCUGGCGCCUUUUCCGCCUAUAGAUACCGAGCCAUUAUGGGGCAGCCGCUUUCCGAAUAUCUCCGUGGAGACCCAACCCUUCACCAACAUCUUGGUCAAUCUGCCCCAAGUAAUGUCCUCCAGCUGAACAGAUAUCUUGCGGAUGACCGCAUCCUUGCUUUUGAACUCGUCUUCAAGGCUGGACACAAGUGGCACACACGUCUGAUCAGCAAUGCUGAGGCAGUGACAGACGUACCCAUGAACACCACUGACUUUAUUAACCAGCGACGGCGCUGGCUGAAUGGGUCCUUCUCAGCUACAGUGUACUCCUUACAAAGAUUCUACCUUCUCUUCAAGUCAAGCCACAAUCCCAUUCGAUUUAUCGCACUUCUUGUUCAGAUGCUCUACAAUCUAGCCGCCCUGCUGCUCGCAUGGUUCUCUCUAGCAGGAUUCCUCCUUACGAUUUCCGUUGUAAGUGAUAUAGCUGGCAACCCACCUGAGGAUGCGCCAGUGGAGGGAUUUCCGUUCGGUCGCGCAACACCGAUAGUCAACGCGGUCAUCCAGGUCACCUAUUUCGCAACCGUCAUUCUUCAGUUCAUCUUUGCCCUCGGAAGCCAUGCGAAGACUCAUGCUCUACACUAUGCUGUCUCAUUCGCAAUUUUUGCUAUUGUUCAGCUCUACCUUUUCAUGAAUCUCAUCUAUCUCUCUAAACGAUUGAUCGAUUUUAAGGCUGAUACCAACGGCGGUAGUUCCUAUAACUACAUUAAUGAGUACUACACGGAUGUCGGGCCUCUGACCGUUCUGGUUACGGCCGUCUCCCUUUUUGGCAUCUACAUCGCAGCGGGACUGCUGUACUUUGACCCUUGGCAUCUCCUUGUUAGUUGGGCACAAUACAUGUUCAUCUCAAGCUCUUACAUCAACAUUCUCAAGACUUACGCCUUCAGCAAUAUACACGACGUCUCCUGGGGCCAUAAGUCUGGUAAAAAGCCGGCCGCGGCUCAAAUAUCGGUGGCGAUAAAGACCAAUAGUGAAACGGAGGCCCCUAUAGAGGAAGUUGACAGGAUACAAGGGGACAUCGAUUUAGCGUUCGAACAGACCGUCAGAAGAGCCCUUUCGCCUUACGACCGAGAAGUUGCCGAAGAUGACGAUCCUCAGGAAAAGUUCAUGAGGUUCCGCACGACACUGGUGGCCGUCUAUAUUUUCUCUAACUUUCUGGUUUGCCUUAUUGUCAUGAACGAUUCUAUUCGCUCCUUUUCCUUCCUUGGCGAUCCAUACUGGCACAAAAUCUGGUUCUUUAGAAUUUGGAUGUGGGGCAAUUCAAGCAUUUUGAUGAUGCAGUUCCUUGGAUGUCUUGUGCAGAGGUUUACUGCCAUGGUCGGGUGUUGUUUUGCCCGUCGCUAA